AGACCUGUGUAUAGCUGGGAGACUUUCAUUGAAGUAUCACUAGUUCACUAGUGCUGGAACGUUUAGACAUUUAUAAUUCACAAUGCCAACAUCCGGAUUAGUUUAAAACUUAAAUAAUUAUAAAUUUAGACUUUGACAAUGAAUACGUUAUUCGCGAUCGCUUUAGUUUUCGUUGGUUGCUGCAGCAAUGUUGUGUUUUUGGAACUUUUGGUUAGGGAUUUCCCAGGAUGUGGGAAUAUUGUCACAUUUGCUCAGUUUGCCUUUAUUGCACUUGAAGGGUUCAUCUUUGAGACAAACUUUGGACGCAAAAAGCCACACAUACCCCUCAGUAACUAUGUGAUCAUGGUGACCAUGUUCUUCACCGUCAGCGUGAUCAAUAACUACGCCCUGAACUUUAACAUCGCUAUGCCUCUGCACAUGAUCUUCAGAUCGGGAUCUUUAAUCGCAAACAUGAUCCUCGGUAUUGUCAUCUUGAAGAAAAGAUAUUCGGCGAGUAAAUAUCUUUCCAUUGUGCUGGUGUCUGUGGGCAUUUUCAUCUGCACUAUUAUGUCAGCCAAACAAGUGAAUGCUGAGAAAGGGGCCACAGAGGAAGAUGGUUUUUAUGCCUUCAUGCAUUGGCUUCUGGGUAUCGCCAUGCUGACGUUUGCCUUGCUGAUGUCUGCGAGAAUGGGCAUUUUCCAGGAAACUCUGUACAAGGAGUAUGGCAAACACUCCAAGGAGGCUCUGUUUUACAAUCACUUUCUGCCAUUACCAGGAUUCCUUCUGCUGUCAACAGACAUCUACAAACACGCCGUGCUCUUCAGCCAGAGCUCUCCAGUGGAAGUGCCUCUGAUUGGUCUGUCUUUGCCUGUCUUGUGGUUUUACCUACUGAUGAACAUCAUCACCCAAUAUGUUUGCAUCCGCGGCGUGUUCUUUCUGACCACAGAGUGUGCGUCGCUCACAGUUACACUAGUAGUGACGCUUCGCAAAUUCCUGAGUCUCAUUAUUUCCAUCCUGUACUUCAACAAUCCCUUCACAGCCUGGCACUGGUUCGGCACGGCCGUGGUGUUCCUGGGAACGCUGCUCUACACGGAAGUGUGGUCAAGUGUUCGUGCAGCAAUGAAAGGAGAGAAAGUUGACAAGAAGGCAGAGUAAAUUAUGGAAGAACAUUUCAUUAUUAAAUCAUGUAAUAAAAUAAAAAAAAGGUAAUUGUGACUUUUAUCUCAAAGUUCUGACUUUUUUUUCCCAACUCUGAGUUUAUGUCUUGCAAUUGUGACAAACGACUAAAUUCAGAAUUCUGAAAAAAUUUAAGAUUUCAAGAUUCAAACUCAGAAUUCUGAGAAAAAAAACAUCAGAAUUUCAAGAUUAAAACUCAGAAUUCUGAAAAAACGUCAGAAUUUCAAGAUUCAAACGUCAGAAUUCUGAAAAAAAACCGUCAGAAUUUCAAGAUUCAAACUCAGAAUUCUGAGAACUAAAACGGCAUAAUUUCAAGAUUCAAACUCAAAAUUCUGAGAAAUAAAACAGCAUCAUUUCAAGAUUCAAACUCAUAAUUCUGACAAAUAAAACGGCAUCAUUUCAAGAUUCAAACUCAGAAUUCUGAGAACUAAAACGGCAUAAUUUCAAGAUUCAAACUCAAAAUUCUGAGAAAUAAAACAGCAUCAUUUCAAGAUUCAAACUCAUAAUUCUGACAAAUAAAACGGCAUCAUUUCAAGAUUCAAACUCAGAAUUCUGACAAAUAAAACGGUAUCAGUUCAAGAUUCAAACUCAGAAGUCUGAAAAAUAAAACGGCAUCAGUUCAAGAUUCAAACUCAGAAUUCUGAGAAAUAAAACGGCAUCAUUUCAAGAUUCAAACUCAAAAUUCUGACAAAUAAAACGGCAUCAUUUCAAGAUUCAAACUCAGAAUUCUGACAAAUAAAAUGGCAUCAUUUCAAGAUUCAAACUCAGAAUUCUGAGAAAUAAAACGGCAUCAUUUCAAGAUUCAAACUCAGAAUUCUGACAAAUAAAAUGGCAUCAUUUCAAGAUUCAAACUCAAAAUUCUGAGAAAUAAAACAGCAUCAUUUCAAGAUUCAAACUCAUAAUUCUGACAAAUAAAACGGCAUCAUUUCAAGAUUCAAACUCAGAAUUCUGACAAAUAAAACGGUAUCAGUUCAAGAUUCAAACUCAGAAUUCUGAAAAAUAAAACGGCAUCAGUUCAAGAUUCAAACUCAGAAUUCUGAGAAAUAAAACGGCAUAAUUUCAAGAUUCAAACUCAGAAUUCUGAGAAAUAAAACGGCAUCAUUUCAAGAUUCAAACUCAAAAUUCUGACAAAUAAAACGGCAUCAUUUCAAGAUUCAAACUCAGAAUUCUGACAAAUAAAAUGGCAUCAUUUCAAGAUUCAAACUCAGAAUUCUGAGAAAUAAAACGGCAUCAUUUCAAGAUUCAAACUCAGAAUUCUGAGAAAUAAAACGGUAUCAGUUCAAGAUUCAAACUCAGAAUUCUGACAAAUAAAACGGCAUCAGUUCAAGAUUCAAACUCAGAAUUCUGACAAAUAAAACGGCAUCAUUUCAAGAUUCAAACUCAGAAUUCUGAGAAAUAAAACGGCAUCAUUUCAAGAUUCAAACUCAGAAUUCUGAGAAAUAAAACGGCAUCAUUUCAAGAUUCAAACUCAGAAUUCUGAGAAAUAAAACGGUAUCAGUUCAAGAUUCAAACUCAGAAUUCUGACAAAUAAAACGGCAUCAGUUCAAGAUUCAAACUCAGAAUUCUGAGAAAUAAAACGGCAUCAUUUCAAGAUUCAAACUCAGAAUUCUGAGAAAUAAAACGGCAUCAUUUCAAGAUUCAAACUCAGAAUUCUGAGAAAUAAAACGGCAUCAUUUCAAGAUUCAAACUCAGAAUUCUGACAAAUAAAACGUCCGAAUUUCAAGAUCCAAACUCAGAAUUCUGAAGAAAAAAAAGAAUUUCAAGAUUCAAACUCAGAAUUAAAAAAAAACAAAUCAUCAGAAUUUCAAGAUAGAAACUCAGAAUUGCAAGUGAGUCAGAAAAGUCGUACUUAUGAGAUAAAAACUCACAAUUACCUUUUUGAUUCUCUAAUUCCAUGGUGGAAACAAAAUUAUAAAAUUAUAAUUUUAAGCUGUAAUACCUCUUUAGCUUCGUGUGAGUGUAUUUUGUUAGUGUGUGUCCCAUCACUAUUCAUUUUAAGUUAUUCACUGUGAAUGGAUGAGUGCUUGAGGUACAUUUGGGCCAAUUUAAUGAGCUGUAUUUGAGCCAGGUGUGAAUGUAAGUUUGAGUGUUUAUCUGUAAGCUUUCACAAUCCACAACCUGUUUCAGUAUCUAGAUCUGUUUUUGAAGAAAUAGACACUCAUUUUAUUCCUGGAAUUAUAUUUACUUCAAGAAAGUCACAUAGAUCUACUUCUACACACAUUAAAACUACUGCUACUAUUUUUCAUAUGUUUUGAUUACAAGUUAGCGGUAUUUAUUUCUUUCCAAUUUUUAAACACAGCCGUUUUUAGUAAAUCAUUAAAUAUGUGGGCCCACUUACAUGUGUCUUUGUUCGGUUGAAAUAAUAAGUAAAAAAGACUGAAAGAUAAUGCAUAGACAUUUAAAGUUGUAGUCACCUAUAAUAUUUGUAAUUUAUUAUAGAAAACAUGUCUACAGAUGCUAUGUUCAUGAUGCUAGUGUUUGUAAUUUGGCAUGGAUUUGUGUAAGAAACUUUGUUUAUCAGCUAACACAAAAACUGAGACCUCAUAAAGUGGAGGAAAUCAUU